GAGGUUUGUGGCAUGAAUGUUGUGGUGAAGGGUGCUCCUCUGUUUUAACUUAACAGCAUGAAAACUGAGUCACAGCAGUAAUAAGUGCAAGCAUUGGAUAUUUCUCGGUGUGUAGUUUGAUUAUUAGAUGUGCGUUAAUGUCUGACUGUGUGAACCUCACGCUAGUGUCUUAAAGAGAAGGAAGAAACACUGUGAGCAUGGCCCGACUUCUGCGGGGACUGUCCCUCCUCUCCAGGCUCGGGGCUCCGUCAGUGAGACCCCCGCUCUCUAUGACCGGCUGCCGGUUUGCGAGCAGAGGAGUCAGCCCGCCGGUGACGGACCGGAGCCUCGUGCACCGAGACAGAGCGUCACACAGAGCUCCGAGAUACAACCGGGAUAUGUCUGAUGAUGACUUUGGACCAGAGGAUGUAGAUGAUGUAGAAGACAAGCUCCAAGCCGUGGUGGAUGAGGAGAGAAGGAGGCAGAGGAAAGUGAAAUAUCACAUACUGAAAAAGAAGAUGACUCCAUCAGGAGCUCCACAGAGGAAGCUGACCUGGGAUGCUAUUGAGCAGAUCAAAUAUCUGAAGCGAGAGCAGCCAGAGGAGUGGACGAUGGAGCGUCUGGCUCAGGGCUUCUCUGUCACCCCCGAUGUCAUCCACAGAGUCCUCAAGAGCAAGUUUAUUCUCCCUCCUGGUAGAAAAGCCAAGCAGGAUACUAAAGUAUUGCUUGCACUGGGUCAGCAGGUGCUGCCUCCAGGUGGUGGGACAGUGCAGGACAGGCUGAAGCUGCCUGGAAAGCACACACUAGCUGCACUCCCUCCUGGAGGUGGUGAAGGUGCAGUGGUGCCUGUGGCUGACAGGACUUUGAUGCUUCGAGGUGAAGACUCUGCAGCCAAGAGUCCUGUCCCUGUUACUUUUCUGCCCACACAGUCCAGAGCCGGUGUUAGUGAAGAUGUCCAUGAAGAGGACAGCACUUCUUACACAAAUCCUACAGCGGCAGACGAAGUUGACGAGGAGAGCUGGGACGGACAGCUGCUGACGGACGAAGAUCUGGAAGAGUUUAUGGAAAUGGAAAAGCCUCGACCCGUGGUGCAAGUUGGGAAAGACUUCUUUGAUGCAGAGGGAACAUUUUUGUAUAGAAUCUAAGGACUUCCUGUGUUGAACUGUUGGAUAACAGUGUGUGGCAAUAAAACACAUAGAAAUAACCCACUCAGUGACUUUCAAAAUAGAUCAUUACUAGACGUGGGGGGAAAAAACGAUACAGCAUAGUAUUGCGUUAUUUUGCGUGGCAAUAUAUCAAUUCAUGAACGGAGGCUGUAGCAAGCUCACUUUUAGGAACAUACUGGAGAUACUGGUCUCAUAUGAAACUAGAAGAUCUAAGGAAUCUAUAGGCACCAAGUCAGGAUAUCAUGUAGGGAAAUAACGCUGCAAAGUUUGGCUAUUUUUAUGUUUCAUUCCAAAAAAAUCAGAGCAGUGAAAGUUAAAGUUUUUGAAAGUUUGAUAAAAUGCUGCAGUUGUUGUCGUCCAUACAUGUUUGAUAUCAGUUCAGUUCAGUUUGACUGAAUACUUUGUUGGUCAGUCUGUGGGUUUGACUCUCGUGGAGAAAUAAAAGGAGACUUUUUCACUUAUUUGACAAACAAUUUUUGAUUGAAUUUAAUCUUGAGGACACAAAAAAUGCAGUUAAACAGUUAAAUCACAAUAUAUUGUAUCACAAUACUCACCAUAUUGCAAAAUGCUUGAAAUCGCAAUAAUAUUGUAUCAUGACUCAAGUAUCGUGGGGCCUCUGGUGAUUCCCACCUCUACUAAAUUGACAAAAACGGUUUUGUAUUGUUCAUUUCAACAUUUGUUCCCACAUUUUGUUUAUAUAUUUUUUCUUUACCUUUUUUUACAUGCAUUUAGGAAUAAAUAUCGUAAUAAAUUGCAGCUUUUGUAAUUAAAGCAGAAGACACAAAUUAAUUGAAGCUGUACUUUACCCAUGUGCAUCCCUUUAAUAAACUCCAACUUGCUACCUGUAUAAACUGCCAAAGAAUUAAAUAUUGAUAUUAUUUUCCACUU